AUGUCUCAUACUAAACAAAUUACGUUCAAUAAGUCAUGCCCGAGCAUCAAGUUUAAUGCUGAUAUUGAACCAAAACCAGUUCCAUGGCUUUUCAUCGAAACAGGUUAUUAUCCGAAGAAGAGAUCUAUGGGUGGAAGACUUACUAGCCAGGUAUCCUUGCCACCUAAGCACAUGACAUUCGGAAACGAUUACAUGUUUGCUAAUUCUACAAUACCAUUCACUAAACAAGAAAUGAAUGUCAUUAAUACUGCAGAGAGAAGGCAAGACGUAGAAAUUGAAAUGCAUAAUGACGUUUCCAGAGUCAAUUUAGCCAAACAAAUCAAUGCGCAGUCCAAAAUUGAAUUUGAAACGUUAUUACAAAGGCAACAAGAAGAAGCGAAUUUAAAGAAGAAACAAGCAAUGCUAUUCAAAGAUCCUGAAGGAGAAGAGUUAAUUACUGCUAGAUCCUCUAGAUCUACCGAUUCGUUAUUGAUGGAUUCUUCAAGGAACGACGUUGAGGUCAGCAACAAUGAAAUUGAUGAUAAAGCGUACAUUUCUAAACUAGAAAAGUUUGAUGGAGCCCAAGUUAAGAAAAUGAUUUUCCAAUCAAUCACUCCAGCAACUAGAAUCAGAGGUUCGCAUUUUUCGAAAUCAGAGUUCUCAUUCGGUAAAAAUGAUCAGUUAGAGAAAAGAGUGUCUGGUGGAAUGAGGAACAUUCAGAGAGCUAUUACUUCGAUGGCCGAUCCUAACGAAUAUAAUGUGGCUAAGAAAUUAGACUCAUUCCCUGAUCCACGUGACAGUAAUUUACCAUCAAUUAAUAGAAUGAAUAAGUUUUACGCAAACUGUUAA